AUGGCAACAAGAAAUUUAACUGAGCCGUUUGUGCUUAUGCGAAACAAUGCAUUGCAAACAAAACAUAUUUAUGCGGAACAGAAUUUAUCCGAUCGUAUGGCCUUAGUUAAUUCGGACAAUAGAUCGCCUGAUAGCGUAGAAUUAAAAGGAAUAAAUGGAAGUAAUUCGUCACCUCCAGCCUGGGCGGAUGCUCUCGAAGAAACCCAAUAUAUUUUAAGUCGUUUGAAAAUAAAAUUAGAUAAACGACAAAUGGAGCAAUUGACUCGUGAAAUAGGGCGUGCAUUUUCCAGUGGUCAUCGACAAGUUCAAACAGUAAAAGCUGCAGCGAGACAUGAAAUUCGUCAUGCAGAAAAACAAUUAGCUAUGAGUGCAGUUUUGGCGCUUUCUUCUGCGUUACAAGACUUGGGAAUUCGAUAUAGGACUGCUCAGAAUAAUUACAUUCAACAGUUAAAUUCAAGAGAAGAGAGAAAUAGGCCGUUUUUUGGGGAAGAUAGAAUGUUACCUGACAUUUCAAUGGAUUCUUGGGCCGGAGAAUCACCGUCCAAUGAAAUAAAUGAUCAGUUCUGGCAGCCGAGACAGCAGCAAAAACAGGAAACUGUACUGUUGAUGCUCGAGGAUGCUGAAGAAUCGAUGAGGCAGGCAGUUGAAAGGGAACAAGAAGUGACACAUAUUGUUCAAAGUAUAGCUGAUCUCAAUCACAUAUUCAAGGAUUUAGCGACUAUGGUACACGAUCAAGGUAGCAUACUCGACCGUAUCGAUUAUAAUAUUGAGCAUACUCAAGGUCAAGUUCACGAAGGAUACCAGCAAUUGAAAAAAGCUGACUCUUAUCAACGAGCUAACCGUAAACUCUACUGUAUUUUUAUCCUCGCCGCGGCUAUUAUCCUUCUCAGUUUUUUAUUUGUUUUAUUUAAAACCUGA